AAUAGACAAUCUGGUCUCUUUAGCUUCAGAAAUUAGCAAGAGGACCUCGGACCCCAGGUGAAAAAGGAGAAAUGGAAAAUCCCCUGUGUGUCUCUAUCUGCUUGUUUUUGUGCAUCUUGAUCCAAUCAAGUGCCCAUGGACAAAGCCUGGGAACAGAGUCAUUUGGAAGGAGAUCUCGAGCUGCUGAAACAAACGAAACAUCGCAGGAGACAAGAACCAGAUUUCUGCUCUUUAGAGGAGAAACCGAUAAGGGCUGUCAGAUUCGGCUCACUCACUCAGACACGUUACAGCAGUGUGGCUUCAACUCCUCGCUGCCGCUGGUGAUGAUAGUCCACGGCUGGUUGGUGGACGGCAUACUGGAAGACUGGGUCUGGCAGAUGGUAGCCGCACUGAAGUCUCACCUGACCCAGCCAGUGAACGUGGGGCUGGCAGAAUGGGUCACCCUGGCUCACAACCACUACACCACUGCCGUCCGCAACACUCGCCUCGUCGGCCAGGAGAUCGCGGCUCUUCUCCAGUGGCUGCAGGAAUCUGUUCAAUUUUCUCCAAGCCAUGUUCAUCUAAUUGGGUACAGCCUGGGUGCACAUGUCUCAGGAUUCGCUGGCAGUUACAUGAGCAGAAAGCACAAGAUUGGGAGAAUUACAGGGCUGGAUGCCGCAGGCCCUUUGUUUGAAAAAGCUUCCCUCAGCGACCGGCUUUCACCGGAUGACGCCAGUUUUGUGGAUGCCAUUCACACCUUUACCUGGGAGCACAUGGGCCUGAGUGUGGGCAUCAAACAGCCCAUAGCACACUAUGACUUCUACCCCAAUGGGGGUUCCUACCAGCCCGGAUGCCACUUCCUAGAGCUCUACAAACAUUUCGCCAAGCAUGGCUUAAAUGCCAUCACCCAGACCGUUAAAUGCGCCCAUGAGCGGUCAGUGCACCUCUUCAUCGACUCCUUGCUGCACGCUGACAUGCAGAGCACAGCCUACCUGUGCAGGGACAUGGACAGCUUCAGCCAAGGCCUGUGUCUGAGCUGCAAGAAGGGUCGUUGCAACACGCUGGGCUACCACACCCGCCAAGAGCGGCAAAGCAAGAGGAGCAAGAGCCUCUUCCUGGUGACUCGAGCCCAGUCCCCGUUCAAAGUUUAUCAUUACCAGUUCAAGAUUCGGUUCAUCAACCAAACUGAGAACCCUGUAGAACCAACUUUCACCGUGUCAUUCCUCGGAACAAGAGGGGAGAGGCAGAAGAUCCCCAUCACUCUGAGCAAAGGAAUUACUAGUAAUGAAACCUAUUCCUUUCUUAUCACACUGGAUGUGGAUAUUGGAGAACUGAUCAUGAUCAAGUUCAAGUGGGAAAACAGCAUGGUGUGGUCCAAUGUCUGGAAUACAGUCCAAACCAUCAUCCCCUGGGGAAGAGAGUCCCUUCACUCAGGCCUUGCUCUGAAGAGCAUCAGAGUCAAAGUGGGAGAAACACAGCAAAGAAUGACAUUUUGCUCAGAAAACAUGAAUGAUCUACAACUUCACCCAGCCCAGGAGAAAACCUUUGUGAGAUGUGAAACAAACUCUGAAACACUGAAGCAAAAGAUCAGAUGAGCUUUAAUGAAGACCCAGUGUGAAGAAUAAAUGAUUUUAUACCUUAUCUGGAAUGGUUGCUUUGCUUGGAAACCAAAGUUACAUAAAGAAUCUUGCAUAAGGCUUUAAUAGGGUUUAGAUUUAAAAGGGAGCUCAUUUCACUGUUAUAAACUGAGAUUUUCAAAACUGUUAUGUAACUAUAUUCAAAUAUUAGUGUAACCAGAACUUUCCCAAUUUUCUGACUAAUUGGUAAUAUAUGCAAAUAAGUACAAGUUUAAGAGCCAUCUGAGAUCCACUGUUCUAAUUUAAAAUGUCUUUUACAAUUAAGUCAAAUUUCCCUUAUUUCCUUGCUUGUUUGUUCUGAUCAGUUUUUUGAAGCAUGCUGGAAAGAUACUUCUUUACAAUAUAACUAGCACUUCCAUAAAGUGAAAUUCCAGUUAAUCACAGUUGUGUGUCCCAAAGCACAUACCCUUUAAGACCAUUCAGCUCACCCAAAGAAAAAAAAUUCUACUUAAACUAAGAGUUUCCAUCAAACAAAUCAUACAAUUAUUUCACUGAACCAAACCAAGAGUAGUAGAAUUCUCCUCAAACUACUAACGAUAACCAGAAAAGCUGGGCAGUUGGUCACUGUAAUGAUUAAAUUACUAUUGAAGUACCAUUUUCCUCUUUGACUAAUGCUUGCCACAAAAGCUAAUGGAAAACUUGGACUAUCUCAAAGACUUAGAUAUCAAAAUCUCAAACUGCCCAAUAAAUGAAAUAAUGAUGCUUUGACCAGCAAAUUCCACCACAGAGCAUGCAAAGGAAAUAUUAGAUCUGGCAAUUACUUGGAUCUGUGUUUCAAGUAAUUCAGAGAGGAGAAUCUCACUAUGCACGUCAAAGCCUCACCUGACCUUGGCAUAGCCUCAGCUCUACACAGCUCAUCAUUCACAUGCUCUUCCCCCAAGCAGGACUCCCGCAGACAAAAGUCCUAAAGAGACGUCUGCCUCUGAUGAAAUCAACUGCAUGAUUCACUUUUAUUUUUCUUGGAAAGACCCACAGAACUAAAGGAUGUGGGGGAGGAAGGACAGCUGGGUCAAGGUUGUAUAUUGUGUCCUGAAUGCUACUCUUGACUGCAAAAGCAUCCGACUGCCCUUUUAGCUAUUGUGUGUAUCUAGAAAUAUUAGAUAUUAAAAUGAACAAUAUUUUCCAUUA